AUGGCAGAAAACAUUGCAUUAGUCCAUGGCCCUCGACGCCCUGAGCUAUGGAAAAAGACUCUAGGGUCAUUAAUCGAUGAGCAAGAAGCUCGCUACGGCGACAGAAAUGCACUCAUUAUCCCCUGGCAGUCCGUGAGUCUCUCGUACCGUCAACUGGCAGAACGAAGCAGAGUACUAGCCAAAGCAAUCUUGGAAAUGGGGUUACGCCACGGUGAUUGUGUGGGGAUCAUGGCAGGUAAUUGCUACCAGUAUAUCGAAGUCUUCUUAGGCAGUGCUCGAGUAGGAUGUCCGGUGGUGGUCUUGAACAAUACCUAUACACCCCAGGAAUUGAGAAACGCGGUCCUUGCAAGCUCAUGCAAACUGGUCUUUGUCAGUCUUACUGUAGGUACCAGAAGCCUCGCAAAGCAUGUUACAGCUCUUUGUGGCGAGCACAUUCCGAAUCGAACCCUGCCUGAACUCCGCCGCGUGGUUCUCCUUGCACCGCAUACUGUUGUGAGACACGGUGUCGAGGUCCAACAAUAUAGCACCUUUACCUCCAAUGCGCAUUCAGUGUUUAUGGGCGAUGCUAUGCUCAAACGAGUCGAACGGAAGGUAUCCGCUGAACACGUGCUGAAUCUGCAGUUUACUUCGGGUACGACUGGUACUCCAAAGGCCGCUAUGCUGACACACAUCAACCUGAUCAACAAUGCUCGCUUCAUCGGCGGCGCAAUGAAACUAACCCCAGACGACAUUAUAUGUUGUCCACCGCCACUAUUCCACUGCUUUGGGCUUGUAUUGGGGUUUUUGGCUUCCUUCUGCCAUGGAAGUAGCGUUAUAUUCCCAGCCGAUUGCUUUAACGUGAAGCAGACAGUGGACUGCAUGGUACAGGAGGAUGCGACCGUUAUCCUAGGAGUUCCGACAAUGUACAUUGGCGAGAUGGAGGUCAUUGCUCACACAGGCCAACGACCUCGUCGACUGCGCACCGGAAUUAUUGCUGGGACUAACGUCUCACCGAUCCUGGUCCACCAGAUACACCAGUGCCUGGAUGUAGAGAAAAUGUUGAUCGCGUAUGGCAUGACCGAGACCAGCCCACUGACAUUUAUCACGAGGCUUGAUGAUUCUGAUGAGAAAGGCGCUACGACUGUCGGGAGAGUCUUGCCUCACACCGCAGCUAAGGUCAUUGACCAAGAUGGAAAUAUUGUACGGCGAGGAGAACGUGGUGAGCUUUGCACGAGCGGGUAUGCACUGCAAAAGGGCUACUGGAGAAAUGCAGCCCAGACCAGAAAGGUCAUGAAGCGGGAUGAGAACGGCGUGCUGUGGAUGCAUACAGGCGACGAGGCCAUGAUUGAUGACGAGGGAUAUGCCUCCAUUACAGGACGAAUCAAGGAUAUUAUUAUUCGAGGAGGGGAGAAUCUUUUCCCGCGCGAAAUUGAGGAAUGUCUCGAGUCGCAUCCAUCUAUUAGCGAAGCCAGCGUAGUAGGUAUUCCGGAUUGGCGAUACGGUGAAGCUGUGGGCUGUUUCCUUCGAGCGGCAGAUGCUGCUGCGAGACCAGACGACCAAGAAGUCAUAGAGCAUGUUCGGAGUACGGUAGGUCGUCACAAGACGCCCCAGCAUAUCUUCUGGAUUGGCGAUUCGGAGGUGGGAAGCGAUUUUCCCAAGACUGGCAGUGGGAAACACCAGAAGCACAUUCUACGAGACAUUGGGCGUCGGCUAAUGGAGCAAAACGUGGCUAGGGGUCGCUUGUAA